AUGGGAAUGCCUACUCGUGGGCAGGAGCCAAUCCAACCCGCAAUCAGUGGCCAAGCAAUGCCCAGGCGAAGAAUCAUUCGAGACUCGUAUCAACUCUUCACCGGUCUUGAAGAUGAACAUAACCACAUUGGGAUGAAGAAUCCAGGCACUGGUAACAACACAGAUAGUAACGGAGGAUCAAUCACUCUAGCACACAAGCUCCACUGUAGAGAGGAACCAAGCAGGGUCUCUGAUGAUAACAAUAAAACCCCGAAUAACCGUGCAAAAUGCAAGAUUAAUUGGGCCAAGGAAAAGGGGAAGUGUGAGCGCCAUCAGAGCAUGGAAGAUGAAAUUCGGUUCUUUCACACCCAGUCGAAAAUUAAGGAGGCACAUACUGCCAGUGUUAAAGAAAAGAAACAGUAG